UAAAAUAGAAACAUAUACUUACCUGCUAUCACCUUGGUUUGAGCAUCUGCCUGGUGGCUACUGACACCGGCCUAAUCGAAAUACUACCGCUGUGUAUAAAUAUAUAGCACACAUCUUGAGGCACAGCUAGCUUUCAUCAUGGUAGGAAAUUUCCACCCAUGUUACCACAAGUUCAUCCACAUUAAAAUAGAAACAUCUACCUGCUACCAUCUUGGUUUGAGCAUCCGGCUGGUGGCUACUGACACCGGCCUAAUUGAAAUACUAGCGCUGUGUAUAUAUAUAGCACACGUCUUGAGGCACAGUUGGCUUUCAUCAUGGUAGGAAAUUUCCACCCAUGUUACUACAAGUUCAUCCACAUUAAAAUAGAAACAUCUACCGGCUAUCACCUUGGUUUGAGCAGACUGGUGGCUACUAACACCUAAUUGUAGGGCUGUGUGUGUUUGUGUAUAUAUAUCACACAUCUUGAAGCACAACUAGCUUUCAUCGUCGUAGGAAAUUUUUACCAUGUUACUAUAAGGUCAUCCAUAUUAAAAUAGAAACAAGUAACUAACAAACAAGGCGUUUUCCAUCCACCAGAGAUGGCCCAUUUGGGAAAUGUGAGCCCGGAGAGUAGUAUUUGGUUGUAAAAUGAACCUUUUUCCAUGUGUUUUCUUGAACUUUAACUUUUUUUUAAUCUGGUACUUGUAAAUCAUAUGUGUACAGAUUUGUCAGUAGAAAUACAUUCAUACCAUCUAAAUUUAACUACUGUAUAUUUCAUAAAUAAAUUAUACUAGAAUCUAGUGGUCCAAGUUAUGUUUCGAACCAUGGCCAUGUGCAAAGGGGACCAAUGUGAAAAAAAAAUAUAUUGGUAGCAUCAUAUGUAGUGCAAAUAGUUAACUCCUCCAUGAAGGAAGAGUGGAAUGGAGGCAGGCACUUCUAGCUACCCAUGAACCGGCCAUGGCUGCUGUUGUGACCUCUUCUAUAUCCAGGAAACUCAAUGAUCUGAUCUCCCAACCAGAGUGAGAGAAAGGGGCCGGCCAGGGAGAUGGAGGCUGCGGCAGCCACUGCUUUUGCCUGUAGGAUUGCGCCAAAGCUGUUGGCAUUCUUAGCUACAAAUCACAAGCUUCGGCAGAACCUGGAGCACGACAUCACCUACAUCAGAAAUGAGUUUGCGUUGAUCUCUGCCGCCAUUCAGCAAGAUGACGACCACCGCUGGAGGAGCCGACCCAGCAGAGACCACAUGCAGAGGGCCUGGGUCAAAAUCAUACGUGACCUGGCGCAUGCCGUCGAGGACUGCAUCGACCGCUUCAUGCACCGGGUGACCAUCUCCGGGACAUCGACAUGGCUUCGCCAAGCUGUUCACCGGGUGCAGACGGUGACAGUCCGUAAGGAGUUUGCCAAGGCAAUCCGUGAGAUCAAGAAGAUAUCACAGGAGUCAUCCAAGCUGAGAGAAACUUAUUACAGCGCCAGCAUAGCUGCUGGCACCUCCUCUUGUUCAGCAGCGUCGUCGUCAGUGGCAAGUGAGACGACGACACAGAUGGCGAUAGAUGACACUCUCUCAGCUGGCAGAUCUGUUGGCAUGGAUGCGCCCCAGGAUGAGCUUCUUGAGCUGAUCCAGCAGCAGCAACAGCAGCUCAAGGUGAUCUCCAUUGUUGGUUUCCAUGGCAUAGGCAAGACUCUCCUUGCCAGGCGUGUGUACCACAGAAUGGAGAACCAAUACGAAGCUCGGGCUUGGGUCUCUGCAGCAGAGCAAGGGGUCCCAACAAAUGUUCUCAAGCAGAUACUCCAGCAACUUGGUAUCCCCACCAAUGGUGGAGGCAACUUCAACAAGCUCUGUGCAGUCCUCAGACUAUACCUUGGAAGCAAGAGGUUCUUCAUCGUCAUCGAUGACAUGCAGACGGAAUUUUGGCAUGAUAUAAAAGAUAUCUUUGUGGGGCUGAGCGGUAGAGUUCUGGUGACGACGGCCAUUCAGUCAGUAGCAAAUGCCUGCAGCAGCUCAGCAGCUCAUGAUCAUGUGUAUGCAAUGAAAACUCUUGCUGAUGAACAUUCAAGACUACUGUUUUUCAAGGAAGCUUUCCAAGACGACAAUCCGCCAGUCAAUAAGGAGGAUCAGCUUGGCUCAGAAGCACUGAAGAAGUGUGAUGGCUUACCCCUUGCUCUUGUCACCACAGCUCGGUACUUGCAAAGCACAGGUAAUCCGACACGUGAAAACUGGGCAACAUUAUGCCACAACCUUGGAGUACAUCUGGAAACAAAAGAGAUGUUGGCAAGAAUGAAGUGUGCGCUUGUCCAUAGCUACACCAGCCUUGUUAAACAUGAUGUCAAGACAUGCUUGCUCUACCUAGGUAUCUACCCUACUGGUCGUACUGUCAGGAGAGGAAACUUAAUAAGGAAAUGGUGCGCCGAAGGGUUUAUCCAAGGAGAUUAUAUGUGUAAUGCUCUGGAUGCCGCUGUCGCCAAUUUCAGAGAGCUGGUCAACCGGAGUAUCAUCCAGCGUACAGAUGCCAGCAGCAAAAACAUCAAAGAUCAGGUGAAGACAUACCGUACUCACGGCAUGAUGCUGGAGUUCAUCCUGCACAUGUCCAAGUGUGACAACUUCAUUACCUUGUUAUAUGAUCAGCUGGCUCCCCCACCCCCACCCAGUAAAGUCUGUUGGCUCUCCCUCCAUGACGCAAGUGCCAGAGUAGCCAAUGAUCUAUCUCUUGUCCGGUCUCUGACAGUCUUCGGCAAGGCACAUGAAUCCGUCUUGUAUUUUUCCAAAUAUGAACUGCUGCGGGUAUUGGAUCUGGAAGAAUGUGGUAACCACUUGGAGGACAAGCACCUUAGGGAGAUAUGCAACAACCUGUUGCUGCUUAGGUACCUAAGCCUCGGGGCCGCUCUUACAGUUACAGUGCUCCCCAAAGAGAUAAAAAAGCUUCAACUUUUGGAGACGCUGGAUGUGAGAAGAACCAGGAUAGAGAUUCUGCCCACACAAGUCAUGGAGCUGCCAUGCCUGAUUCACCUAUUUGGAAAGUUCAAACUCCAACAAGGUGUAGGUGGCCGGAAAAUGCUUAAGCUACAAACUUGGUGCUCAGAGAAUAGCAAAUUGGAAACAGUGGCAGGAUUUGUUGUGGACAACAACAAGAGCCAAGGAUUUGCACAGCUCAUGGAGCAUAUGAAGCACUUGACAAAGGUGAAAAUAUGGUGCCAGCAGUCCACUAAUAAUAGUAUGGAUCCCAUUUCCAGCGGCAGCAGCAGCAGCAGCAAGUACACUCAUCUCUCAGAAGCCAUCAAGGGGUUCAUCAAAAGAAGCACCGAUAAAAAAGCUCAUUCACUGUCACUGAGUUUCAAUGACAGAUGGUGCCAAGACUUGCUCGUGAACUUAUCCCUAGAAAAAGAACAAGCCUCCUCCUGCUAUCUUAGCUCGCUCAAGGUAGAAGGGGGCAACAUAUGCAGCCUGCCUCCAUUUGUUACCAUGCUAGGUGGUCUCACUAGCCUGUGCCUUUCAUCCCCUCAUCAUCAGCUGAGUGGGGAUAUUCUUGCUGCCCUGAGCAGAGUGCGCUGCUUGGCGUACCUAAGGCUGAUUGCAUCCCAACUGGGCAAACUUGUCAUUGUAAGAGGUGCACUUGGAAGCCUGCGGCGACUAUGCAUCGUGGUUGAAGUCAUGACUGAACUGGAAGUCCAAGAGGGAGCUCUGCCGCUCCUCGAGUCGCUCCAGCUGCUAUGUAAGGAUCUAAAUGGCUUUUGCAGCAUCAUGAUCCAGUCCCUGGGACGUAUUAAGGAGGUCACCCUCCAUGAUGGAGUCAAUGAUGAAACAAGACAGAAGUGGAAGGAAGCAGCAAAAAACCACCCCAGACGCCCGAAGCUCUUGUUUGUUAAGACAGCAGAAGAUGUUGAUAUGGGAAGUGAACCUGCAGACAAUUCUGAGAGCCCUACGGUGCCAACCAAUGAUACGACAUUACCAGUGACAGCGCCCCAUGAUGCCAUUUCUACUGGACAGUCUGUUGAUGGUGAUGAUCUGCAACAGGAUGAUGAUGAGAAAGAAGAUACAGAUAAAAUUGAUAUGCUAGUGGAUUUUGUUAGCAAAACUUGUCUGGGCACUAUGAUGAACAAGGAAAGUUUUGAACAGGGGAUGGAAGGAAUGGUGGUGGGUGAGAAUAGAAGAAAGAGGGCUAGGACUGUUGGUGAAGGCAACUCAAUGGACAAGGUUUUUGAUAGGGUGAAGCGCAAGAACCCGGAGAACAUCCCAGGUAAUUUACACAUUCCAACUAUCCUAAAUUUUCUGAUGUUUCUCUUGGUGACAUGGCUAGUAAAAUUGGGGUCACGUUUGGAAGUAAUUUUCUAAAUUUUCUGAAGCCCACCUAUUUAUGAAAAGUAAAAUAAAAAAAAGUCAAAACUAUGUUUGUUGUCCCAUGGCAAAAAUAAACUUACUUUUUCAUGAUGGAACUUUUUUUAUUGUACCCAUAGCAAUCUUUUGUUUGGUACUACGUAAAAUUCCUUUUUACCUUACUUUUCAUGAUAGAAAACUUAUUUGUUGUACCAUGGAUAUUUUUUAACAUGGCAAAUUCCUUAAAAAAAACUAUCACUAUGGCAAUUGUUUUUUGUAUGAUGGUAAUUUAUUAUAGGUACCAUGGAAAAUUAUAACAUUUGACCAUGAAAAUUAUUUUACUUUUAGUUUUAGUUUUGCAUGAUGAAAUUUUUUAAUUGUUAGUACCAUGGCCUUUUUUAUUUUUUUUUGUAAAAUUCCAAAUAUCAUUUUGGACCAUGGAAAACUUUCUUUCUGUCAUACCUCACAAUUCAUUAUUUGUUACUAUACAAUUGUAAAUUCCUUUAGUGAAUUACCAUUUUUGAAUGAUGGCAAUUUAUUUAUGUUCACAUCAUUGAAUUGUUUUAACAACCCAUGGUGAAUUUAGUCUUAAUACCACUGUAAAUUAUUUUGUUUAUAGCACGGCAAUUUUAUCUUAACAACAAUGGCAUACAUAGCAUUGUUAGUUUAGGAAUUUUUAUCAUGCCAACUUAUUUGUUUGUGUGUUUCAAGAUGAAUUUUCUUUUUAAAUACAUAAUCUUGAACAUGGUCAAACAUUUUUUAACACGUAGGUGUUUUUUAUCAAGAACCUGGAACUUCUCUCAUGCGUAUUCACAUGUCAUUUUUAUUUAUUUUUCCCACAGUACAUAUAGGAAAACAAAAAAAAAUCAUUGUGUGGUGUUUUACCGAUAUAUUUGCCUUCCUUUUGCAAUGGAUUUUUUUUUGAGCUUUGACUGCUGGCGUCCCAGUAGAAGAGGUUUGGCCGUAGGUGGGCUAGUAGAGGAUGUGUUCGCGCAGUGGAGUGUGUUGUAGCGAACUAAACGGUUCGCUCAUUCCCCGCUGGUAGAUCGAAAGAGUUUUUCGAUCUGACCAAGUCCCCUUAUCUGGGCCCAUAUUUAAUCUUAAAUUUUUAUAUUUAUUUUUUGUCAUGUCUUAAAUUGGACUAUCAGUUACAUGUCCAUUCAUCCUAGCCCUUUCCUCCAAGCAUAGACAGUUUCAGCUUCUAUCUGAACUCUGAAGGUCUUGUUGCGGCAAGCCGUUUGUCCCCGGCGACGGCAAGACUGAAUCUAUUCCCUGAAGAAACCAGCCGCAUCAUCCACCUUUAGGGAGGGCUCGCUUGGUUGGUUGAUAUGUUUGAAGUGUCUUCCUUGAAGCUUCCUCAUGUCCACAGAGGGUAUAGCAUGGUUGACUAGAGUCGGUGCUGAUUUAAUCCUUUUUCGACCGGUAAUGCACGCUUGCACUAGUGGUCAACUUGACUACACAACCAACCUGCCGGCAAAAAAUAAAAAAAGGACUACACAACCAACCAACCCCAGUCACACCGAGUUAGUUACCACGUUGCUUUUUUAUGUUGGAAAUGUGCCUUCAAGUUAUUCACUUCAGUAAGUAUAGUAGAUAAACAGGUAAAUACACUAGAAAUCCCAGAACUUGUACGCAACGUUCA